CAAAAACAUCUGAAGAUCAAAAAAAGCAUGUUUUUCCAUUUUGAAUAAGUUGUUUAAAAUCUUACGUCACGCAAAUCAAAAAGUAUAAGAAACAAAAGAUAUUUGCCAGCCACGUUAGUAUUAAAAGAGUUUUUGAACAGCUUAAAGAUCCAAAAGAGAUGAAACAAAUUUUAUUUCUGAUAAUUAUUAGCACCACCUGCAUUUUAAUUCAAGGCAAUGACUUGAACAAAGAUGGAAUUUGGGUGGAAUGGAAUAUUUCAAAAUCAGGAGUUCCAGAAAAUGCAGUGAUUGGAGGACAUGACUUUACAGGCGACUUGUAUGUAAUUAGAGCAAAUCACAAUCAUGUUGACGGUUAUCGUGGCAAAAUAGCUGGAAAAUAUUCACCUAAUGGCAAGUAUGCAUCCGUUCCAUAUCACCACAAAGAACAUCCAAAACACGACUUUGAGAUUCUCACGCACACAAAUUAUAUUUGGAAAUCCAAUACCAAUCAGACUGAAAAUUUAAUCCCAGGAGGUUAUGUAUUUCAGUAUACCCAAUAUAUAUGUCGCGGAAUAGUUGAUGAUGACUGGAUUCCUGGUAAACUUGCACAUUUUGGAUACUGUUAUGUUAGUUAUGAUGGAAAGGAAAUUCCUUUUGACUCUGAGCCUCCAUACUAUCACAGUUGGGAAGUAUUGGAACGAAAUAAUAAAACUUUGUAA